GAACCUAGAACUACACCACCAACUCCACGCAAGAUGUCCACUACAGCCCCUGUCUCUCCUAAAACUACACCGCCAGCCUCUCCUAAAACACAACCUGCAAAGGACACCAAGCCACCUGCUACCCAGAAAAUUGAAGAGAAGAAACCAGAGAAGCCACAGCAAGACAAGACUUCUACAAAAGUACAAGCCAAAGUGGAUAAAACUCCAUCAGUGCCCCCCCAGGCACCAGCAGAUACCCAAGGUGCUCCAAAAGCAGACCAGUCCAUUUGUCCACUCUGUAAGGUUGAACUCAACAUGGGCUCCAAAGAUCCUCCCAACUACAACACUUGCACAGAAUGCAAGACUACAGUCUGCAACCUAUGUGGAUUUAAUCCAAUGCCAAAUAUGGCAGAGGUAAAGGAAUGGCUUUGUCUGAACUGCCAGAUGCAGAGAGCUUUAGGAGCGUCUGAGCCUACUGGACCUUCUGUUAAAAAACCACAGCCCUCCCCAAGCAAGGUUGAGCAGAAGGAUAUGCCAGCAUCAGUCCAGGAGAAAUCUACAGAAUCUACAGCAGUCAAAAAAGAGGUCACUCAAGCAACUCCACUCAAAAAAGAAAUCCCCAAACCUGAGACUCCACUGCCAGCUGUAGUCAAAAUGGCAGAAACAUCACAACAAGGUUCUAUGCAAAAGAAACCCGACAUUUCAGGCACUGAAAAAGGACAGGCUCAGGAUGUAGCUGGUCAGCAGCAGCUUGUUGGAAAACAAGUGCAGCUUCCUCAAACUACAAAGCCAGAAGUCAAGGCUGUUCUUACAAAACAAGAAGCUGUAAAACCACCACAACAGCCCUUAAAAUCUGCUACCCCUCCUGCCAAAUCUGCACCACCUCCAGCUCAGCCUGCUAAACAGGAGUCAGGAGGAUUCUUUGGCUUUGGGGUCCUAAAACACAGCCGACUGCAGCAAAGCCUGCUGACUGUCCAGGAUGAACCUAAAACUACACCACCAACUCCACGUAAGAUGUCCACUACGGUCCCAGUCUCUUCUAAACCUACACCUCCAGUUUCUCCUAAGAUGCCCCCUGCAAAGGAGACUAGACCACCUGCAACACAGAAAUCAGAGCCACCUCAACAACCCAUGCCUGCUCCAUCAGCACAAGCCAAAGUAGAGAAAGCUCCACCAGAGCCUUCAAAACCCCUAGAAGUAACCCAAGUUACUCCGAAGGCAGAUCUCUCCAUCUGUCCACUCUGCAAGGUUGAACUCAACAUGGGCUCCAAGGAUUCUCCCAAUUACAACACCUGCACCGCAUGCAAGAACACUGUGUGCAAUCUCUGUGGAUUUAACCCCAUGCCUCAUACAGCAGCG